AUGACAACGGAAUCAUCGAAUAUAAAUGAUGUGAUUAAUAAUACAUCACGAACUGACGAUCAUCCAUUAUUAAUACAUCCAAAUGGAUAUAUUGUAGCGGCUAUAACAUUAUUUUUUAUUGGAUUUUUUGGAUUUUUUCUAAAUUUAAUUGUUAUUAUAAUUAUGUUUAAGGAUAAACAAUUAUGGACACCGCUCAAUAUUAUAUUAUUUAACUUGGUAUGCAGUGAUCUAUCAGUAGCUGUUCUUGGAAAUCCAUUUACACUGGCGUCAGCGAUUGCUACACACUGGUUAUUUGGUUCUUUAAUGUGUACAAUGUAUGGAUUUAUUAUGUCACUUUUUGGAAUAACAUCAAUAACUACAUUAACGGUAUUAUCGUUUGAACGCUACUUAAUGGUGUCUCGACCAAUGCAAGCUCAACGAUAUUUAAAUAGACGAAGUGCUGUGUUUAGUGUAAUUGCCAUAUGGCUUUAUUCACUUGCCUUAACUACUCCACCAUUAUUUGGAUGGGGUGAAUAUGUACAUGAAGCUGCUAAUAUAAGUUGUUCCGUGAACUGGGAGUCUAGGACAGGCGGUAGUACAUCUUAUAUUCUGUUUUUAUUUACAAUGGGACUAAUACUUCCUGUUUCAAUUAUAUCCUUUAGUUACAUUAAUAUUAUUAGUACUAUGAGAAAACAACAGAAUAAUCUACAAAUGGGACGUGUACGGAAAGCAGAAAAUCGUGUAGCAAUGAUGGUUGCCAUUAUGAUUGUUGCAUUUAUAUUUGCAUGGACACCGUAUGCAAUAUUUGCGUUGGUAAUGCAAUUUGGAGAUUCUACAAUGAUAAGUCCUGGAUUGGCGGUUAUUCCUGCACUUGUUGCAAAAAGCAGCAUAUGUUAUAAUCCAAUUAUUUACGUGGGAUUAAAUUCACAGUUCCACUCAACAUGGCGACAUUUUUUCUCAAAAAAUAGAAAUGGUACAUCAACUGAUAUUGGACGUAAUCCAGCAACAAAAACCAAUAGCAGAAUGUUUUCUGGUGUAUCAAUGAACGAACCAACGGAUCGCCGAAAACAAUUUGCCAGUCUUAAAAUUGUCUCAUGCCAAGAUAAUCGAUUUAAUAGUGAUUGUGGUAAUAAUAGACAUUUACCAACUACAAAAACUACACAGUUACGUCAAUUUUUCCCAAAUAAAACCAUUACAAAAAGUGCAUCAAUUAUGUCAUAUAAAGCACGACGUUUAUCAACAGUUUUCUUUAAUGAAAAGGAAUGUUUUAUUGAAACUAGUUUAGUUAAAAAAAGUUCAUCUCUAGAAACGAUACAAUAA